CUUAGUGUUUUACCAUUCUAUUUAACUAAUCCUUUAUUCUUAGUCCCAAAUAUCAAAAGUAUCAGAAAAUCUGUUCCAUUUUCUGACCCAAUCAGAACUUUACCGUAUCCAAAAGGAAUGGAUGAUGUGAAGUCAGGACUGACUGCCCAGGGAAAUGGAGACAUGUGGUAGAGGGAGUCACAGACCACGUGAGGAGAGUCCUGGCCACUGAAUUGGCUGUGGCUGGCCACACAGAAAGUGGAGGGGCUAUUACAGAGCCGCUCCUGGUGGGGUGCAAAUGUUAUGAGGAAAGCCGCAGGGGCAUUGUGGCAGGACCUCGGCCGGCGCGGUGGUGGCAGCAAGCACAGUGGCUGCCUUGGGACUUUCUGAGAGCUUGGGGGACUGAUGAGUGGUGACUCCAGGAGGGGAGGGAAUCCCUUAGCGCUCCCUCUCCAGCCUAGUCCUGGGGCCCAGAGGGAAAAGAAAGCCAGCCCUGGGGAGAGGGAGGGCUCUGAGAGUUUGGCUUAGUGCCCCCUUGUGGCUGCUCUGGCUGCUCUGCCUCACUGGGCACCCAGGCACCUGCCCGGGACCACGGGCAGAUGUGGGUUGGAUUUGGGUGACUGCACCAGGAAUAUGCUCUAGGAGCUGGGUUCGAGGGUCACAGUGUUGUGCUUUCUGUCCCUCCGGGGGGGCAAGCUGACUGCAUGUCAACGUGUGACCCUCCCUCCCCGCCAACAGCAUCAGAUCCUUGAGUUGCCACCUUAUACUCUUACCAGCCUCACAACAAAGCAAAGGAGUAGUUAGAGCCCUCAGCCCUAAUUUAUACUUAGGUGCCCGGGACUUGGACAGUGUAGAAACCAGAAUCUGAACACGUGUCUGUCCGAGUCCAGACCCUGUGGUUUAUUUUAAACCACUGUGUAUGAACAUCUUCUCAGAAGCAGUCAUACUGCUCUCUAGGGCGUUAGUGACCCAACAGUACGACUGGAAACAAGGCAGGCUCUGUGCUCCCAUUUGGGGAAAGUUAAUAUUUCACAUGCUCUCGAGAAUUUAGGAGCUUGGUAAAAACUUUCUAUUAAACAGGGAUUUUCUUUAAUUCCUUUUGUUUAAAGAUUUUCUCGUGAAACACUCUGUGUACUGUGCCUCCCUCUGAGACGUCAGUGGUGCCAGAGACCGUUAGGGAGUUUGUGUAAAUAGAGAGAAGGCCAAGUGCUGCCCACACAAGUAGUGAGGCAUGAGGCUGAGCGUGUGGAACGGUUUCAUCGUUGGCCCGGGGGGCUCCGUGCACUGUCAGGACAGGACGGUGCUGUCCCCAGGAGACAGUGACCAGCAGGAAGAGAUCAUCUUAAAAAGAUCAAUUUGCUAAGGAAAUAAAAGUCAGUAUAAACUACUGAUAAUGCGUAUCUUGAUGAUUUUUAAAAACCCGACACUUCCUAUAAAGGGCAGGAGUAUCUCGAGAGUAAAAUGCUUUGAAAUGUCUUUGAAAUGAUGGUUCAGUGCACGGGGUCAAAGGCUAGAACUGGUUCUCUUCAAGCAUUUCUUCAAGUGCCUCAUUUGUAUUUAGCAUUGUUCUGGGGAGGACUGCAUUAUAUUGACACAUUGAGAAAAAAUUACUUUUUGUUUUUCUAAAACUAAUAGGAGCUUAGGCAUUAUGAUUAAGGACCAAAAAGAGCCAAUGCCGAUGAAUGCCUUCUUUCUUUGGCUGUAAAAUUUAAUAGCCGCCACUGAGAGGUUUUUUUUUUCUUUUAAUCAGCAAAAAAUUUAUUUUGUCCUUGACAUUUUAUGCCAAAAAUCAACCUAGAGAGUAUGUUUUAUGGCCUGAGCUGAAUUGGCCUAAAGGUAGAGUUUUCCUAUGAGCAGUGUUCAUUGAGUUGGCUUUUUUGCAUAAGACAACAACCCAAUAUCAAUUGAUUAGGUUACCUUUUCGGUGUUUCAGAAGGAUAAAGAAAACUUAAACCAAGACAGCAGAAUGUAAUGGGAGAACUCUGUGAUUUUUUUUGAAGACAAGAUCAGUUCCAUUGGCCCAAUACUUCCUAGCUCUGUGACCUUAAGUAAAUUCUUCUCCCAGAGCCUUUUUCUUUGUUCAGUUGGGGAUCGUAACCAUGCCAGCGUCGUCAUGUUGUCAUAAUGAUUACUGCACCUAAAGAAUUCAGAACCGAUCCUUGGCACUUAUUGAAUAUUCACUAAAUAUUAGCAAGGCACAGCUAUAUGUAACUUCAAGCUUGCCUCGAAGAUUGCCUUCUUUUUUUUUUUUUUAAAGAUUUAUUUAUUUAUUUAUUUGAAAGAGUUACAGAGAGGCAGAGACAGAGAGAGAGAGAGAGAGAGAGAGAGAGAGGUCUUCCAUCCUCUGGUUCACUCCCCAGAUGGCUGCAAUGGCCGGAGCUGGGCCAAUCUGAAGACAGGAGCCAGGAGCUUCUUCUGGGUUUCCCACAUGGGUGCAGGAGCCCAAGGACUUGGGCCAUCUUCUACUUCUUUAACAGGCCAUAGCAGAGAGCUGGAUCAGAAGUGGAGCAUCCGGGACUCAAACUGGUGCCCAUAUGGGAUGUGCUGGCACUGCAGGUAGCAACCCCACCUGCUAUGCCACAGCACCAGCCCUGAAGAUUGCCUUCUUAUGAUCCAACGGUGGUCGGGAAACAGAGCUGUCCGUCACUGCUGAGUUAGUGCCUACCUCAUCAUGGAACAUUUCAAGUGAACUCGACAAAGAUUCUUACCUGACGCUGGAUGAACCAAUGAAUAACAUCACCACAUCCCUGGGGCAGACCGCAGAGCUGCACUGCAAAGUCUCUGGGAACCCACCUCCCACCAUCCGCUGGUUCAAAAACGAUGCACCAGUAGUCCAGGAGCCCCGAAGACUCUCCUUUCGAGCAACCAACUAUGGCUCUAGGCUGAGGAUUAGAAACCUCGACACCACGGACACGGGCUACUUCCAGUGUGUGGCAACAAAUGGCAAGAAAGUGGUUUCUACCACUGGCGUCUUGUUUGUCAAGUUUGGCCCCCCUCCCACUGCAAGUCCAGGAUCCUCAGACGAGUACGAAGAAGAUGGAUUCUGCCAGCCAUACAGAGGCAUAGCGUGUGCAAGAUUUAUUGGCAACCGCACCGUCUAUAUGGAGUCUUUGCACAUGCAAGGAGAAAUAGAAAAUCAGAUCACGGCUGCCUUCACCAUGAUUGGCACCUCCAGUCACUUGUCGGAUAAGUGCUCUCAGUUCGCCAUUCCCUCCCUGUGCCACUACGCCUUCCCCUACUGUGACGAGACCUCCGCUGUCCCAAAGCCGCGCGACCUGUGUCGCGAUGAGUGUGAAAUCCUGGAGAACGUCCUGUGUCAGACGGAGUACAUCUUUGCAAGGUCCAAUCCCAUGAUUCUCAUGAGGCUCAAGCUGCCCAACUGUGAAGAUCUCCCCCAGCCCGAAAGCCCGGAAGCUGCCAGCUGCAUCCGGAUUGGAAUCCCUAUGGCAGAUCCUAUAAAUAAAAAUCACAAGUGCUAUAACAGCACAGGUGUGGACUACCGGGGGACUGUCAGUGUGACGAAAUCAGGGCGCCAGUGCCAGCCCUGGAAUUCUCAGUACCCCCACACGCACACCUUCACUGCUCUCCGCUUCCCAGAGCUGAAUGGAGGCCAUUCCUACUGCCGCAACCCAGGGAACCAGAAAGAAGCUCCCUGGUGCUUCACCUUGGAUGAAAACUUCAAGUCUGACCUGUGUGACAUCCCAGCAUGUGAUUCAAAGGACUCCAAAGAGAAGAAUAAAAUGGAAAUCCUGUACAUACUGGUGCCAAGUGUUACCAUCCCCCUGGCCAUUGCCUUACUCUUCUUUUUCAUUUGUGUCUGCCGCAAUAACCAGAAGUCAUCGUCACCACCAGUCCAAAGGCAACCAAAACACGUCAGAGGUCAAAAUGUGGAGAUGUCAAUGCUGAAUGCUUAUAAACCCAAGAGCAAGGCUAAAGAGCUGCCUCUCUCUGCUGUACGUUUUAUGGAAGAAUUGGGUGAAUGUGCCUUUGGGAAAAUCUAUAAGGGGCAUCUCUAUCUCCCAGGCAUGGACCAUGCUCAGCUGGUUGCUAUCAAGACCUUGAAAGACUUUAACAACCCCCAGCAAUGGGCAGAAUUUCAACAAGAAGCCUCCCUGAUGGCCGAACUGCACCACCCCAAUAUCGUGUGCCUCCUGGGGGCUGUCACGCAGGACCAACCCGUGUGCAUGCUUUUCGAGUACAUGAACCAGGGGGAUCUCCAUGAGUUCCUCAUCAUGCGCUCCCCACAUUCCGAUGUUGGCUGUAGCAGUGACGAGGACGGGACGGUGAAAUCCAGCCUGGAUCAUGGCGAUUUUCUGCACAUUGCCAUUCAGAUCGCAGCCGGCAUGGAAUACCUGUCCAGUCACUUCUUCGUGCACAAGGACCUGGCAGCUCGCAACAUCUUAAUCGGAGAGCAGCUUCAUGUCAAGAUUUCAGACCUGGGACUUUCCAGAGAAAUCUACUCUGCUGAUUACUACAGGGUGCAGAGUAAAUCUUUGCUCCCCAUUCGCUGGAUGCCCCCGGAAGCCAUCAUGUAUGGCAAAUUCUCUUCCGAUUCCGAUAUCUGGUCCUUUGGGGUGGUCUUGUGGGAGAUUUUCAGUUUUGGACUCCAGCCGUAUUAUGGGUUCAGUAACCAGGAAGUGAUCGAGAUGGUGAGAAAACGGCAGCUCUUACCAUGCUCCGAGGACUGCCCGCCCAGGAUGUACAGCCUCAUGACGGAGUGCUGGAAUGAGAUUCCUUCCAGGAGACCGAGAUUUAAAGAUAUUCACGUCCGCCUCCGCUCCUGGGAGGGGCUCUCUAGUCACACCAGCUCGACAACUCCCUCGGGGGGGAAUGCCACCACGCAGACCACCUCCCUCAGCGCCAGCCCAGUGAGUAACCUCAGUAACCCCAGGUACCCCAACUACAUGUUCCCAAGCCAGGGGAUUGCUCCACAGGGCCAGAUUGCGGGUUUCAUUGGCCCACCGAUACCUCAGAACCAGCGCUUCAUCCCCAUCAAUGGAUACCCGAUACCUCCGGGAUAUGCAGCGUUUCCAGCUGCCCACUACCAGCCCCCAGGUCCUCCCAGGGUGAUUCAGCACUGCCCGCCUCCCAAGAGCCGGUCUCCGAGCAGCGCCAGUGGGUCCACGAGUACUGGUCAUGUGACCAGCCUGCCCUCGUCAGGAUCCAAUCAGGAAGCAAAUAUCCCUUUACUACCACACAUGUCAAUGCCAAAUCAUCCCGGUGGAAUGGGGAUCACCGUUUUUGGCAACAAGUCUCAGAAACCCUACAAAAUAGACUCCAAGCAACCAUCUUUGCUAGGAGACUCCAAUAUUCAUGGACACACCGAAUCUAUGAUUUCUGCAGAACUGUAAAAUGCACGACUUUUGUAAAUGUGGUAUGCAGGACAAACUAGGAGGCCAUAGAGAAGAUUUAUAUUCAAAUGGUUUUAUGAAAGUAAGGUUCUCAUUUAGCAGACAUUGCAACAGGUAUCUUCUGUGAAGUUUAACUGUGUCAUACGAAGCAGGACAGCCCCUAGCCAGAAACCACCACCAACAACCACAUAGAGGGAUGUACACUCCAUCGGGGUACCUGAUAAGGCACUGGGAUUGGAACUUACAGUUUCCGGUACUGAAAACUGCAAGCCAGUGGAGAGGAAAAGAACCUUGUGAUUUGAUCUCCAACCAAAAAGGAAAGUCAAAUGGUGCUUGGUGUAUUUGCCUUCAGUGGCCACGACUGGUCUCUCCCCCAAAUGUAUAUACAGUAGCAUUUGUCUACCUGCUGUCUUUUCUUCAGGACAGAUGUUCAGGAAUUGUAUUGUUUCAUUGUAGACUCUAUGCAUGUUUGUAAUGGAAGCAACGUUCAGAAUCAAUGAGGCAACUUUAGGCCAAAUGGAAAUGAGCCAUAGACAAGUCUAGCGCCCCCUGGAGCCUUACCUAGGGGAGCUUCUUCAGGAAGGUGCAGGGUGUGCCUCUUUGUGAACUUCCUCCUCUGAUCAUGACAGCCCGGUCCACAUUUUCCCUGUUCACAGAGUGUUUACACAAGUCUUUGAAGUAACACAGGGCAUUAGACCCUGAGAAGGCUAGAUGUGGAUGCUGGGAUUGGUGAUUGCCAGUUCACUUCGCUGCAUUAGGGAUGAGGCACCCACGGAAGCACAGGAAAAUGGCACCUCACCCUCCAGGAGCACUCAUGGGAGCAGUACAAAGUUUCCCCAUAGGGACAGCCUCCACAGGAGCUUCCCUGGACCAGUAACAUUGAAAACCAGAGGUGUGGCUGCGCACAAGCACACCCUCACCCUGGCAACCCCUGGGUUUACAAGUUGUCCAAGGUGUUGAUGCUUGAUGCUUAUUAUCAUCAAGGGACACAAGCAAGUAGAAAUCCCUAUGAUGAUACCAAUAGCUACUAAAUUCCAAGUCUCUCUCACUUGUUUUUUUCUGUCUUGGAAAUAAUUCAGAUUUUAUUCCAGCCCCAAUAAAUGUAACACUUUAUUCAUAAGGUUAGUUGGCAUCCAAAGAUAAUGAAUUCUACUUUGCAAAACUUUACAGUAUUUCUUUUUAAAAAUGUACUGAGUUCUCAUUUCAAAGGUUACCAAGAACUGAAUUCCUUCAGCUGGUAAAAUAGAAGCAACCAGAUCAUGUUUGCCUGCAUUAGAAGGAGGUAUCAAAUGUGCAUCUUCUGGCAUUUACCUGCCAACUAUCUUUUGCCAAGUUUAGAAUUCUUGUGGGUUUCAAGUUCUAUUUAGAAAGGAAUUUUAUAUUUGAUUUGUCUCUGGUUGAAAAAAUAACUCCUUUAUUCUAAGAACAAUGUCUCAAAGCCUUGUUUUUAUUUUAAAGCUAUAAAAGUCUCACAAAGAGACUUUCAGGAUGUAAAGUAAUUCUUGAAAAUGAUAUUUGAUGAGGAGAAUGUAAGAGAAUUAGAAACACGUUGAUGUUUCUAUUUUUAAAAAAUAAAACUAGCAUGAGAAAUCAAGGAAAUAUGUUUACCAAAAUGUGUUGUAGAAAUCUGAAUCUUCAGACAACAAACAUGAACUUAUAGGUACUGUGAACUCAAGGAAUUGGGUGCAUCCAGACUUACUGGGAGAUAAAUUAAGACAUACUUUUGUGGCCUAAAUAAGCUGACUCAGAAGUGACAUUUCUUAACUUUAGGUAGAGGAGAAUAUUUGUAUCCUUUUGUUGCUAUGCAACUGUUUAAUGUUGAAGCUUCAAACCACAAUUUUGUAUAUCAUAUGACAAUCAAUUGUUUUCCAAGAAUAUUUAUUAUUUUAAAUAAACACAAUUUCAGUGAAUCUGAGUUUUUCCAGGAGUCCCUUAAAGGGAAAUUAGCAUUCCAUGAGCCAGUAAAAUACUCACGCUGGAAAAACAUUAUUACGGUUAAGAAAUAAAUCCAAGUUAGUUUUUUAUAAAGAACUAUAUAGCAUUUAUUUUAAACAUUUUAUAAUAAUGGAAAUCAUUAGAGUGAGGAAACUAAAUUUCGAAACCACUUGUAAUAAUGUGUUUUAUAAUAGCACUGUGAUACUACACGACACAGUUCCUUUUGUAUUAAAAUAGUAUUUUUUCACAACCUGAAAAAUAUCUUUUGCUUUGCUGACAAUGUUUUGUAAGAUGACUUUAUUUUCAGAUUUUUUUCUUUGCACAAAACUAUGUUUAUGGUUUGUAUCACAGAAGUGAAAAUAUAUCUCUGCAUUUUUAUAUCUGGCCUGUUUCCCUGUUUUCUUUGUUUUUAACUCAAAAUAGAUUUUCUUCAAAUAUAUAAUAGCAACAUUCAGAUAUCUCACUCUACCAUAUCUUUCCUAUUUUCACUGCAUGCAUUUAAUCGCUGUAUUACUUAAUGUUUGAUUUGUUAUUAUGGUGGGCAUUUCAAAUAGACAAGCAUGGAAUUGUAAUGACAAAAAGGCUAUCUUAUACUGAGGAUAUAUUGCAUUUGUACUUCACACACCAGAGAUGAUAUUAAACACUGAUUAUUGUA